AUGGUCAGUGCUCCGGGCUUUGUCCGCCUCUGUCCUUUACUGAUUACCAGCACCACAGUCGUUCUCCAAGAUGUCGUCGAAUUCAAGUCUCUCCCGUCCGGUCUUCAUAACGUGAAGGAGGAUCUUGUAUAUUUCGUUCAAGAUGAUUACGCCGGUCUCAGUGCCUUUGUCAACCAGCCCGCCGACGAGAGCGAACGGAACGCGCUCAUGCUGGCCGUGGGCGUUUUGGUUCCAUUAAGCCAGGGAAGGCUGGGAAAGGCCUGGAGACAUGCUGCAUGCCUGAAAGAGCUGGCUCGGAAGCUUGCAGACGACUAUCACAAUCACCAACCCCUAGUAGAAUACUGGGAAACCUUUCAGCUACCUAAUAAUCAACACGACUCUCCCCCUGAUUCUCCUUUGACCUCCAUUUCGAGCCUCAAGGCAAAGCAGGCCAUGCGCCCAGACGACUUUCAGCGAGGCCGUGCGAUCAGCGAUGCCACAGCACUGUUGACGGCAACGCAGGUUCUGGCUCCGUUCCAUCCCGCACUUUGCCUACCCGACUUCAAAAAUUCAUUUGGCCCAUUGAUGUUCCCACUGUAUCGAGCAAGCCUAUUGAGAAAGCGUAUCCUUCUUAUUGGAGAUGCGCCCGUCGAGACGUCUUGCAACUUUGUAUAUGAUUUAGCCCUACUAUCCUCGCUUCCGCAAACACUCUUACCGUUCCUCCCAUCGACCGACUCGCCAGCGCUCAGACCUUGGCCAUUGUUCAACGUCGGUGUGCAUGAUUUACCGUACCUAACCUCGUUGUCGCGUAAAACGAGCGCACAAGACACCGCGCAAAACAACUGGAUUGCGUGUACCAGCGAUCGGGUUUUGGGACUAAAACCAGAACUAUACGAUAUCCUAGUCGACCUGCCACCAUCGUAUUCCAAAGAUGCUCCGGAGAAGAUAUACCCCAAGCUUCUAUUCUCUUCGCCUCAUUCAACCCCGAAAGACCAAAAGCAGAUUGGAAUAAAGGCUACUCAACGAGAUAUACGACGAUACUUGACCCUUAGGGGAGGUUUAAACGUCCUACCCCGAGCUGGCGCCGCAGCGGACGACGCGGAAGAUUUCGAUAACUCGUCUACGUUCUCGUCCAACUCGCUCGUUGAGCCACUUUCUUGGCCCCUUUUAGCCUACACGUCAUUUAUCUGGUGGGCUUCAGCAGGAGAAAAGGGGGCUGGCCAGUCCGACGAAGAGAAAGAGCAGGAUGCUAGACUAUUACUUCCAGAUGACGACAGCGUAUAUGCACCGGGCGGCCGUCGUGGCAGUGUCUCUUACCAAGAACCAGAUAGUCGGACGCAAGAAAUAGCACUGAUAACCUAUUUCCGACGCUUGACCACUCAGAUAUUCACCGUCCUUUAUGAUAUCGUACGCCGUCAGGAUCAAGAUGAAACCGAGAGUGCCGAAGAAACAGAUGAAGUGGACACACCCAGCCAUUCUGGCGAUGAAUACCAAGACGAACCCGAAGAGUCGUUGCUCAUCGAUGCCAACCAACAGGACACUGAUCCACUUUUGGACGCUCGGGCAUCUGCGCGAUGCAACGAUGAUGAAAUCGUGCCCAUCACGACGGAGGACAUAACGCGGAUGGGCCUCGACCCAUGGAGCGAAUCAGAUCGGAGGUUUGUUGAGGAGCUGGUGCGUGUGUGGUGGAGUCGGGAAGGCCAAGUGCAAGGGGGAAAGAUCAGGUGUUGUGGUGUGCGGAUUCUUUAA